AUGGCCCCACCCAAGACACUUUCUCAUCUUGUUUCGCCUUUCAACACUUUAGUGAAUCCUUACAAGCUUAAUGACUAUCAGCUGCCUUUGCUUUUUUACACUGACAAUGUAAACAGCGAUCGAACUUUUUUGGAAGGCGUACUACCAAGUUUAUUGAAAAAUAACAGUAAGACCAUUGUAUGCAAGCCAACAAACAUCGAAGAACAGUCUAGCAAUGAUUAUGGUUCGGUUUUACCUGUUAUGGCACUUCCUAAUACAAUGAGUGUGUUUGUAUUUUCUGAUUCUGAAGAAAUCAACCUUACAUGUCAGAACAUUUUGGAUAAUUUGGAAGAAGAUCAUCCCGUAUACUUGGAUUUCGAUUGUGAAUGGAUAGCAAGAAAUCAUGAUACUUUUAAUAUUAGAUCAAGAAGAGCACAAGCAUCUUUAAAUGAAGCAUUGUUUAUCCAAUUCUGUUAUAAAAACAAAACUUACCUGUUCGCACUUUUGAAUUCACCGAGGAUGACUUUCCUGAAAAGUUAAGAUGCCUUCUGGAGUGUGAAAAUGUGAAAAUGUAAAUGGUAAUUUUCUGCGCUUACAGAAGGGAUACAAGAUAAACUCAAAAAAUAUCGCUGAGCUAGGAUCAUUUUGUAUGGAUAGAGGGAUUAUAGAGAAAAGGUCCUUAUCCUUGGCCAAAAUCUGUGCUAUUGUUUUGAAAUCUUUACCAAAAAACAAAUAACGUUAGGUGUGGAAAUUGGAAUGCUCCUA